CAGGAUUGUUACCGCACAGUCAGUCCAUUCUGCGAUGAGAAAAUGUUAGAAAAAAUAAACAAAAAGGAUUUGUGUCAUGUGCUAGCAAACAUCAGUUAACAACAUAGGCCAUAUUUUCGUGUAAUAAUAAUCAUUUUCAACUUGUGAAUGUGAAAUGUCGCGGUACAGGACGGAAACCGAGAAUCUAGACUAUGAAAAAACCAGUGCUUGCACGAAUUUCCUUCAUUAUUCGUGGAAAACAAUAACCUGCCUUUUUUCGCACAUCACUUUGGUUUCUAUGGUGGUUUCGUAUUGUGUUUUAGGUGCGUUCACUUUCGAGGCACUAGAAGUUAAUAAUGAAAAACAGGUGAAGCGAGGCAUCCCCCGAAUCAGAGAGAACGUCACGCAGCACCUAUGGAACUUCACGCAGGAGCUGAACGCUCUGGAAGAAGCGAACUUCACGCGUGGCGCCAAAAGGUACCUCAGGUCCUUCGAGAACGCUCUGCUAGACGCCAUGACCAAGGACGGCUGGGACGGCAUCGAGGACGAGCACAAGGUGCAAUGGACGCUCACCGGGUCGCUCUUCUACUCCAUCAUCGUCAUCACCACCAUCGGGUACGGCCACAUCGCUCCCAAAACGACGUGGGGCAAAGUGGUGACGAUAUUCUACGCCAUCCUGGGCAUCCCUCUGAUGCUGCUCUGUUUGUCCAACAUCGGAGACAUAAUGGCCACCUCGUUCAGGUUCCUCUAUUGGCGCGUGUGUUGCUACGUGUGCACCAAGAAGCCCAAGAAGAUGAAGAGAUCCAAGUCGGUCAGGAGCGGCAUCAGAUCCGACGGCUCUAAAUUUUCUCGUUCAAGAAAUGCGUCAGUUAGGAGAUCAGUGAGGACAUCGACCAAGUCAGCAGACAGUGGCUUUGCAUUUUCUGAUAUCGGACCAGCUUCCCAUUCAGAUACAGAGUUGAGGUAUGACGACCACCCAAAUCGGGGUGUUAGCCUACCAAGAACCCGCUCUUACAACAAAUCUCAGAGAGCUUCAGGCAAUGCCACUCCGAGGAAAAUCAGCCAAGUCAACCACUCCACCCCGAAUCACGUCUACCCUCAAAGGGGAUACUCUUUGGACAGGAAACGAGCUACGAAAGACGUCGAGAUCGAGCUGGAUCCCAUAUCGUUAGACAACUCGUCUAUAUUGUGCAACCGAUAUGUGAUCGGCAAAAACGACGGUUUCGCUAAGAAGAUACCAGGUAAAGGAAUUACUCUUCGUCAACAAGAAAUUCAAAACAGGGCCAACUCCAUGCCUGCCGAUAGGAGAGCCAAGAGUAUGCCAAGGACCCCUAACUAUCUGGAACCACCAAGGAUUUCAUCACCAGAUGAAGAAGAAGAAGUGGAAAAAAGGGGUUCCCGCAGAAGUCGAUCACCGAUGAGAAAGCAUAAACUACCAAAUCGUCCAAGUCCCAGCCCGAGAAUGAUGACCCCAUUAGGCUAUGGUUACAAAAGCAAAUAUCUGGACGAUAGCGAUUCCGAUCAAGACUACGACUACUAUGAAGAUAGUUACGAGACGGGAAGGACAAGGAUCAAGCCGGUCCCCAUAUGGCUUUGCGUCUUCCUGGUAGUGGGCUAUAUCCUCGCCGGUGCCUACCUCUUCAAGACUUGGGAGAACUGGGAGUACCUAGACGCAGCCUACUUCUGCUUCAUCACGCUCACCACCAUCGGCUUCGGAGACUUGGUACCCGCCAAGGGCGUCAGCCAAGACGGGUACUACGCCACCAUCAGCAUAGCGCUGUGCUCGUUGUACCUGCUGUUCGGCAUAUCGCUGUUGGCCAUGAGUUUCAAUCUGGUGCAGGAAGAGGUGAUUUCGAACGUGAAGAGUGUGGCGAAAACUCUGGGGAUUAUAAAGAGUGAGAGCGAUGAUGAGGAUGACGAUGGUUGAGCAAGGAUAGUACGUUGACAACAAUGCUUCCUCAAGAUGAUCGCAAAAUGGUGGAUCGAAAGGAGUGUUAACUGACUAUAUCAUUUUUGUUUUGCAUUCUCAAUUUCUGUUUCAGUUUCAAUAUUGUGAUUGGAUCAAGUCAAGAAACGCAGUAUAAAGCAGUUAUUUGACUACUGAACUGAAAGUACUGUUUCAAACAUGCACAUGAUUUGUCCAAUUAUUAAACAGUUUCGGAGAAAGAUAUAGACUUCUCAUUAUUUCAAUUAUUUAACCGACCUUAGCGCAGUUCAUGGAAAUGAAGAGAUAUCAAAU